UUAUGUUCACAUUUUUUUCCCAAUCAGAAAAGCCAGACCAGUUUCGUCUCAGCUACUAGCCACUGCUUUGCUCUUUUUAUAUUUAUAAUUAUCCGAUUCCACAACCGAGGGGAGAAUCAUGGGUGCGAGCAGUGAUCCGAAUCAAGACGGUUCCGAUGAGCAGCAGAAGCGAUCGGAGAUCUACACUUAUGAAGCCCCUUGGCACAUAUACGCCAUGAACUGGAGCGUCCGCCGAGACAAGAAGUACCGUCUCGCUAUCGCCAGCCUCCUUGAGCAGUACCCUAACAGGGUCGAGAUUGUCCAGCUCGAUGAUUCCAAUGGUGAGAUCCGCUCCGACCCGAAUCUCUCAUUCGAACAUCCAUACCCGCCUACCAAGACCAUGUUCAUUCCUGACAAGGAAUGCCAGAAGCCGGACCUCUUGGCUACCUCCAGUGAUUUCCUCCGCGUGUGGCGUAUCGCUGAUGACCAGUCGCGCGUGGAGCUUAAGAGCCUGCUCAAUGGCAACAAGAGCAGCGAGUUUUGUGGACCUCUCACUUCCUUCGACUGGAAUGAGGCGGAGCCCAAGCGCAUCGGAACUUCGAGCAUCGACACCACCUGCACUAUCUGGGAUAUCGAGCGGGAGACCGUCGAUACUCAGCUCAUCGCUCACGAUAAGGAGGUUUAUGACAUCGCCUGGGGCGGCGUCGGUGUUUUCGCUUCCGUUUCUGCCGACGGCUCCGUUAGAGUUUUCGAUCUUCGCGAUAAGGAGCACUCCACCAUCAUCUACGAGAGCUCGGAGCCGGACACCCCCUUGGUUCGACUAGGAUGGAACAAGCAGGACCCAAGGUACAUGGCCACCAUCAUCAUGGAUAGUGCCAAGGUGGUUGUUCUGGAUAUCCGCUUCCCGACUCUCCCCGUGGUGGAGUUGCAGAGGCACCACGCUAGUGUCAAUGCCAUUGCUUGGGCCCCUCACAGCUCUUGCCACAUUUGCACUGCUGGGGAUGAUUCCCAGGCCUUGAUUUGGGACCUCUCUUCAAUGGGGCAGCCUGUCGAGGGCGGAUUGGAUCCCAUUCUGGCUUACACCGCAGGGGCUGAAAUUGAGCAGUUGCAGUGGUCUUCUUCUCAGCCUGAUUGGGUUGCUAUUGCCUUCUCUACCAAGCUUCAGAUUCUCAGGGUUUGAUACUCAAUUUAUUUAUGUACUAUGCAUCUACCUGCAGGAAAAUUAAAUUUGCUAGGUAACAAGAAAUGCUUGGUUUCUUCUUAGUGCUGACUGUUGUACGAAAUUCUGAUAUUAAAAUGCUUAUAAUUGGUCUUACUCUGCAGGCUUGUUAGCCUGCUUCUUUUA